AUGGCUUCAGCAGAGAUAUUUGACGGGAGUUUCGUCAACCACUUCUGGGGCAAAGAUGAAAGAGGCUCGGAGCUUGUGUUCCAGCGGAUGUUCCAAGGUCAGCAGACGUGUCAAGAAUUGAUAGACUUCUAUAAAGAGAAGAUGCAACUAGAAGAAGAAUAUGCCAUGAAAUUGAAAAAGCUUUCUAGAAAGAAACUUGGUGAUAAUGAAACCGGCACCAUAAAAAACGCCUUCGAGGUCUUGAAGAAAGAGUACGCAAACAUGGGUGAUGCUCAUUUGAAAGAGGUUCAAGAUAUUGAAAACGAGAUUUUGGCGCCAUUGUUCGAAUUUAGCAAGCUGUUUGAGAAUGAAAAGUUGCAAGUGGAAAAAAUUACCAAAUCAAUUUUGAAAUCGAAGCUGCACUUGUUCCAACAAAUGGAAAAGGCUAAAAACUCUUACUCCAAUGAUUGUAUCAAAUUGUAUAACUUAUACUCCAAGAAUCAAGGUGAGAAUUCCAGCGCGUUUAGAUCGCAAGUGGCUCAGUUAGAAUCCCAAUUGACCAGUUCACGCAGAAUUUAUGAAGAAUCAACCAAAGAAUACAAGAAGAUCUCGGAUUCCUGGGUCACUCAGUGGCAAGGAGCCACCAAUGAUUUGCAAGAGUUGGAGAUCGAAAGAAUGAACUAUUUGAAGACCAACAUUUGGAAUUUGUUAAACGUCACUGCCACAACUUGUGUUCAAGAUGAUAAAUGCUGUGAAAAUGUCAGAAUGUGUCUUGAGAAAUGUGACUCUUAUAAUGAUAUCAAAGGGUUUGUGGAAACAUUCAAGACUGGAAGUGAGAUUUAUGAAGCUCCUGAAUUUGUGGAUUUCUUGCAAGGAGGUACAGAAGAAGACAACAUGAAACAUAGUAUUGCCAAUUUUGAAAAUAGUUUUAGUAGCAUGAGCUCUUCAGUGCAAUUUGGGAAAAAAAAGGCCCCGGAAUCUAUACUUCCUUCAAAGAACAAGCAAGUUACCUUUACCUCUUCUACGAAUGUCGGUUCUUCAUAUUACGGAGACUCUCUUACGUCUAGAAUGAAACACGAGGACCACGAUGAGGACAUUAUGACAAGGAUCACCAAAGAAAAGCGACUUGAAGAUAGGCACAAUGAUGUGGAUUUUAAGAAGCAAUUUGACUCUUUGAAUUUUAAAAAAAAUGAAGAAGAUGAUGAUGAUGAUGAACCCGUUAGAAAAAUUGAAAUCAAAUCACCAUUUGGAACAAUCCAAACUGUUUCUCGCCCUGCUGCCACCCAUUCCCACCAAACACAAUUGUCUUUGUCAAGCUCACCAAUCAAACAAACCCAGCAUAGCCCAACUUCUAGUACCGAUGGCUUCAACCAUAAUAGCGAUACCGCUAGUUCUUCGGGCUCCUCUACUGGUGAAUCUAACUCUUUGGUUACCAGACAAAGCACUAAUGCAUCAUCGCAAACCAGCUCCAAUUUCUCGAACUCAUCCAAUAAGACAUGGAGCUCGCCUACUAGACGUCGUAGUAAAUUGGGUAUGCAAGGUUGGAUGUCUGAUGUUGCGUUUUCCAAUAAAAAACCAACGACUUCUACUUCUGUGCCAGAUCUCAAUGAUCACCAGCAAAGAAUGAAGGAAGAGAAACAAGCGCAAGUAAACAGAUAUUACGAGCAAAACAAGAAUGAUGAUUCUAUUUUGAAUACUUCUACUAUGCGCAACUUCAACCCUGAGGAAGUGGGAGUGGAAGACCCAUUGAGGGCCGCGUUGGAAGAUUUAAAGAUUGGUGGCAAUGGUGAUUUCAACGCUCUUAAAGAAAGACAUAAUUCUAUCAAAUCUAACCGUUCCAAAAAACACACUCCGAAAUCACAAUCAUCACCUGCAAUCACUGAACAAAAGGAGCCAGCAAAGAGAAAAUCUAUGGUCGAUAUGCUCAAGCAAGCCUCAUCUAACCCACAAAUGGAUUUACAACUGUCACAGCACCAACAAAAGCAUCAAUCGAUAAUGGUCAAUCCGCAACCACGCCAGAGCAAUGGUGGUGCUAAUCCUAUGAAUAGACCAAAAUCAAUGAUUGAAAUUGCCGAAAUGAAUUCUAUGAAAUCUUCAAUGCAAACUAACGCAAAUUUUUCUACCUCCACUUCUACUGUUGCGUCCAGAGCUCCAAAACAAGUUCCGUUAGCUCCAAAUGGUUUACCAUUGAUCUCCUCCAACGGAAGGCCGGUCUUAAGACAUGCUAAAGCUAUUUAUGAAUACAAUGCCUCGAUCCCAGAGGAAGUUACAUUCAAGAGAAAGGAUUUGAUGUUAGUUUUGGCGAUGCAAGAUGAUGGUUGGUGGGAAGUCGAGGUAUUAAACAAUAGGGGUAGUAGAUUUGGAUUAGCACCAAGUAAUUAUUUGGUUCCUGCUUAG